CGGAGCGGAGUCGGGACCGCCUCUCCAUCCCCUCCCCGCCGCGCCUCGCUAGCGGCGGCGGUGGCAGUGGCGGCGGCAGCGUUGGUGGCUCCCGGAGCCGGCGCGUGUCCAGCCCUCGCGGCGGGACCCGGGUCCUGACAAGCCCUGCCUGGGCCCAAGCGUGCGGAGGAUGGAAACGCGCGCUCAGCCAUGUCUCUGGGCCGCCUCCUUCGUCGGGCCUCCUCCAAGGCCUCGGACCUCCUGACCCUCACCACGGGGGGCAGUGGCGGGUCCCUCUCCGUCCUGGAUGGAGAGGUCAUCUACUCCAAGAACAAUGUCUGCGUGCACGCACCCGAGGGGCUGCAGGGCCCUGGGGAGCACCACCCAGGGUACCUGUGCCUGUACAUGGAGAAAGAUGAGCUGCUGGGGGCUACCCUCAUCCUGGCAUGGGUCCCCAACUCUCGCAUCCAGCGGCAGGAUGAGGAGGCCCUACGCUAUAUCACCCCAGAGAGCUCCCCUGUGCGCAAGGCACCCCGUCCCCGGCGGCGGCGCACCACAAGCCUGGGGGCCCCCUACCAACCCUCUCCCACAGAGCCAAGGCCUCCCCUGAUUCCCAAAGGCGAGGACAUCCUGGUGGUCCAGAACUCGCAGGAUACCACACACAUCAGCCCUACAGAGGAAGACGGGGAAAAGCUGGCCCAGGGCCCAGAGGUGGAUGGGCCCCUGCCCACCUCCCAGCCUGUGCACAGCGACUCUGGGAUCCUGUCUACCGUCAGCUCCCAGGAUGGGACGGAGGAUGGCCGGGAGCCUCGGCCAGAGGCUGUGGAGGAAGAGGGCUCCCUGGAGCUGUCAGCUGACUGCGUGAGCAGGGAUAGCUCCUUCGACUCGGACUCUGAUGCCUUUUCCUCGCCCUUCUGCCUCUCGCCCAUCAGUGCGGCCCUUGCGGAGGGGAACAGCCCUGCGUUCCUGGAGAGCGAGGGCAGCUCCCCCUCCAGCUCCGAUGCCAACCUGCGGUUCUCUGACAGCAAUGGCCUCCUGCAGACGCCUCGCUGGGAUGAGCCACAGCGGGGAUGUGCUCUGGAGCAGAUCUGCGGUGUGUUCCGAGUGGACCUGGGCCACAUGCGCUCCCUGAGGCUCUUCUUCAGUGAUGAGGCUUGCACGAGCGGCCAGCUGGUGGUGGCCAGCCGAGAGAGCCAAUACAAGAUUUUUCACUUUCACCACGGCGGCCUGGACAAGCUCUCCGAGGUGUUCCAGCAAUGGAAAUUCUGCACGGAGACACACCUCAGGGAUCAGCAGGUCACGGAUGAGAGGACAUGCAUGCAGUUCUCCAUCCGACGGCCCAAGCUACCGUCCUCUGAAAUCCACCCGGAGGAGAGCCUGUACCGGAGGCUGGAUGUGUCCUCCUGGCUCAACCACCUGAAUGACCUGGGCCAGGUGGAGGAGGAGUACAAGCUACGCCAGGCCAUUUUCUUUGGUGGCAUUGAUGUGUCGAUCCGGGGGGAGGUCUGGCCCUUCCUGCUGCACUAUUAUAGCCACGAGUCCACGUCGGAGGAACGAGAGGCACUUCGGUUGCAGAAGCGAAAGGAAUACGCAGCUAUCCAGCAAAAGAGGCUCUCCAUGACUCCCGAGGAGCACAGAGCCUUCUGGCGUAAUGUGCAGUUCACUGUGGACAAAGACGUUGUUCGGACAGAUAGGAACAACCAGUUCUUCCGAGGGGAGGACAAUCCAAAUGUGGAGAGCAUGAGGAGGAUCCUGCUGAACUACGCCGUGUACAACCCAGCCAUCGGCUACUCACAGGGCAUGUCAGACCUGGUGGCGCCUAUCCUGGCUGAGGUCUUGGAUGAAUCAGACACGUUCUGGUGCUUCGUGGGCUUGAUGCAGAACACCAUCUUUGUCAGCUCUCCCAGGGAUGAGGACAUGGAGAGACAGCUGCUGUACCUGCGGGAGCUGCUGCGGUUGACACACCAGCGCUUCUACCAACACCUGGUCUCCCUGGGCGAGGAUGGCCUCCAGAUGCUCUUCUGCCACCGUUGGCUCCUGCUCUGCUUCAAGAGGGAGUUUCCUGAGGCCGAGGCUCUGCGCAUCUGGGAGGCCUGCUGGGCCCACUACCAGACAGACUACUUCCACCUGUUCAUCUGUGUGGCCAUUGUCGCCAUCUACGGGGAUGAUGUCAUCGAGCAACAACUGGCCACGGAUCAGAUGCUCCUACACUUCGGAAACCUGGCCAUGCAUAUGAACGGAGAGCUGGUGCUCAGGAAGGCCAGGAGUCUCCUGUACCAGUUCCGCCUUCUGCCACGGAUCCCCUGCAGCCUCCAUGACCUGUGUAAGCUGUGUGGGACAGGCAUGUGGGACAGUGGAUACAUGCCAGCUGUGGAGUGUGCCGGCCACCACCCGGGCUCAGAGAGCUGUCCCUAUGGGGGCACAGUGGAGAUGCCUUCACCCAAGCCCCCAAGGGAAGGCAAGAAAGGCCCAAAGGCACCACGGGAGGCCUUUGGUUUCCGAAGAUAGGAAAGCCCCUGCCCUUGACCAUGGGCGAGGACUUGAGCACGUGGGACGGGGAGGGGACGGGCGUGGAGAGGACACAAGGAAAAGCCUCUGGCCAGAGUGAAGGGAACCUCGUCAUGAUGACAAAAUCGGGCUCUAGAACUGACAGCAAGUAUCAGCUGUCCCGAGAAUUCAGCUCCUGAAAGGCUAACCCAGGAUGUCUGGCUAGCCACUGGAAUGCAGGCUGCUGGCUGGCUGCUGGCUGGAGAGCCAGCAGGGGCCAGGAGUCUCUCCACAAGGCAGGGUCUAGAAAAGGCCUUGUCCUCACACCAGCGCCAAGGGACACACGGAGGAGCAGGAUUGUUGUCUGAGUGACUCAAGCACACUUGGCGAAGCUUCUUGGUCAUGGCUACAAGACUGGUAUGAAGAUGCCUCUCCAGAAAAGAAAGACGAGGGAGGGAGGGAAGGAGGGAGGGAGGGAAGGGGUGGGAAGAAAAGCUUGUGAGGGCAGGGGUUCCUGCCUGGGCUCUUCACAGUGUCCACGUGAGUGUCCUGUGUCCUGCUAUGUAUGGGAAGGACACCCCGACCCCGGAGCCCGAGAAGCAGGCUGCUAGACAAGUGUCAGAUGCACCCUCUAUGGGGGUCCUCCCCUGAGGAUCUAAGGUGUGUCUUCUCUAGCAGAAACGGCAACCCACUGGGGCCUGAAUGGCUGGAUGGGUGUGGUAUGCGCAACCACAAGGUCCUCUGAAUACUUGGUCCCGGAGAAGGCAAAGUAUACAACUCCCCAGCCAAGACAAAGGCAUCCGACAUGGCUGAGGCAGGUGCCUCCGCCACCACGCAGGACCCAGGGAACUUCUGUUCCUUGGUUUAGCCCGAGCUGAGCAACACUGGGAUGCUCUUCCUCUUAAGAAGGGAAAGGUCACGUCUACUCGCCGUCCUCCAAAGCUGAGGACUGUGUGUGGUUGGAUAAAGGUUUGUUCCAGAGCCAUGAGCCUGGAUUCCUCCACCGAGGGGCUGAAUCCUCAUAGUGGGUGCAGGCGGCAGGGUAGGUGGAGGUGCCCUGCUUUUUGGCUUUUCUCGCUGAGAGUGGUGCUGCGGGACAGUGCCACGUUUAAACGUGCUGACCAGAAUGAGAAGGGGCAGAGCCUCCACAUGAGAAGGGCGGGGCCUCCGACUGAAUGGGGCGCGGCCUCAGAAAGAGAAGGGCGUGGACUCUGACCGAAUGGGGCGUGGCCUCAGAAUGAGAGGAGUGGAGCCUCAGCAGAGGGGCAGGGCCUCCAACUGAGAGGGUGGGGCCUCAGAAUGGGGGGGGGCGGGCUCUUACAGACUUCUCUUUCUCCGUGAGCUCUUCCCCCUCUGCAGGCACUUCUGAGAAUGUGGGUUCUUCUAGGAAGAGCCUUUGGAAAAGGAUAUCCUGAUCUUGAGGGCGGGGUACUGUCCGUUGUGAGCAACAGUGCAGUCCUGGGAGUGGCUUUUCAUCCAAAUUGCUUUCUAUACUGGCUUCUGACCCUUUCUGAAAGCUAGGGCCACAAACAGGUAUAUCCACUGCCUAUCACCCCAGUAACAGAAAUACGGGACAGAGCUUCACUGACCUAGAACUCUGUGCACCUGGUUGGUUGGCACAGACCCUGGGACUGCAGUCCAGGCUGGGUGGUUCUGGUCUUUGAUAGUUUGGCUCAUCACUUCUGGGGUUGUCACCUCUCUGAAAUCCCGGUGGGUAGGUAUAUGGGUGUGAGACAGCACUGGCCUCUGGGUCUUAGGUCACCCCAUGAUGGUAGAGGCAGAAAUGAAUGGUAUUUUUCUAAGUGGAUACCCCACUCACCAACCACGCGAAGGUCAAAGCAAGUUGAACGACUGAAGCCAGCAUCCAGCACUGGGAAAGGGAACCUUUGUCUUGGGGGAUCUUCUCUUGGUAGUCAUGUGACAGAAGCCUGGAAAUUCAGAGGGGUUCCACGGGCCUACCACCCCAAGAAAUCUAGAUAGAGAUCCCUCCUUUCCUGGAAAGGAACCAACUCCUUCCUUACCCCUCCCCAGGAUCACAUUUCUAUACUGCACCCCAAUAUCUACACUCCACUGUUUUGGGUGGGGACAGCCGGAGCAGAUCCAGAGACUCACUGGCCAUGGAGAGUCUCAAUUAGAGAGCAUUUAUUCUAAGGCUCUAGCUUCACAGUUCACCCUCCUCCACACACUGCUCCUCAAGACCUGACCCAGGCCUUGUGCUGGGGAUCUCCCCUUUCGUCCCGUGCUACCUCAACAUCGGGCCAGCUGGGGCCUCUGCUGCCAGACAUGGUGCGUGAGCUCUCAGAGCUCUCCUCUGAGGAGUAGAGAGGCCCCACACAGAACGGCAGCCUUAAUCUGGAUGCAGUUAGAGGAAACCAGCCAAAUGCCCUCUGGCAGCUGUUACCCCGGGAUUAUUCCCAGUCAGCAAAAGGCAUUAGAGUGAUAAUUCAGUCAUUAGACUUCUAGCCGUCUCACCGCCAGGUCGUACAAAUCACGGGUAAUCAGCACGCACACCGUCCCUUGGCCACGAGGCUUAUUUAACCCAUUUUUUAAAAUGAUGCUUAAUGCUAUUGGCCGGCAGGUCUGUGUGCACAUGCCCCACCGAUAAUGUCUGUGCUGACGACAUUGCCUAAUGUCAUCAAGACCCUGUCUGUCAUCUAGGGCUCGGGGUAAGAAGGACGCCUUUGAUGUGUGUGCACUGCCACUGCUGAGACAAUGAUGCCUACCUUGAAAAGGCUCCCUGACUUCUGACUCACCCUCCAAGGAGAAGGGACAGUGGAGGGGAGGGGGCAGCAGCCAGGGAAGAGGGCAGGGUUGGGGCAGAAUGUAUCCUCCCUCUGGGCUAAAGGAUGUCUUCACUGGGUACGGGAAAGACACUGCCUCCCCAGAAGUCCCACAUGGAGUGCCAGUGGGGAGAGCUAGCCCAUCUCUGAGAGGAGGACCGAAGUCCCAGAGAGGCUCUGUUAGUAACCCUGAGCCUGCAGAUCUGCCGACAGAGCUAUGUGGUUGCUGAUCAAACCGACCAGGGUCAGGGACGGGGGACGUAUUACAUUCAGGAGGGGAUGAUUCGGGCCUUGGCUUUUGAGUGCAGGACACCAGCCCCAAAAGAGGGUCUCCUGGAGCUGGUGCCUUUGAUGGCUCAGGGCGGGGUGGCAGUAAAUAAAUGGGCAGAGGAAUGCUGGCUGUCAGGGUCAGCUCCUGAAAGGCUCCUUUGACCUCUGGCCUGUAUUUGUGUUUUCCUUACUUCUUUGCUAGGGUUUUUGCUGUGCUGGGCAGGGGCUGAGGGAAGCAACAGUAUAUGGAACUUGGGGCCACAUUCAUGCUAGGCUCUGAGAGAUAGAGCCUGCUUUGUGGUUGUUAAUUUAGAUGGAGAUCAACCCCAGGGUUCCAGGAAUCCACCUGUGACCACCCUCCCCUCUGUCGGCUCCUCCACAGCCAGCAGUCAGGCUGGGAGUGUCAGGAACACUGUCCUGGGCUGGCCAGACAGAGGCCACCAGGGAUGACAAGACAGAUGACAAUUCCCCAGAAAACUUAUGCAGGCCUAUGGCCUGGGUUAGAGGUGAGCCAGGACUACCACCCGGCUGGGCCACCAGAGAAGACACAGGGAAACUGGCUAGCCUGAGGCUGGACCUGGAAGAUCCCUGGAGUCCCUGAAGAGCCAAGUGGCCUCUAGAUGUUAGUCUUGUGUUUCUACAGAGGUUGUGAUGCAUUUUGUCCUGGGCUAACCUGGUCUAGCGGGACUGGGACACCCCAAAUCUAAGAAGCCAGUUUCCCCUAGAGCUUCUGCAGCAGGGAGCAAGGGGUUCCCCCAGCCCACUUCCUUGCCUGCAAAAGGAGAACAAGGCCCUCCCUCAGCCUCCUUCCGAAGACUGCUCAAAGGCUGCCAUGAGGGUGGCUAACGAGGGCCCAGGGACCUCACCCACCACUCAGGGACCAGCCAACUGGCCUUAGCCUUCCGCAGCAGUGACCGAGAGGGGCUGUCCACUCCCAGUCGAUUGCCCUCCCUGGUCUGAAGUCAGCAAACCAAUGUCUCUCCUGCACUUCUACCUUGCUGAGUGUCCUCUGCAGAGGACAAAUCUCUCUGUAACGUUCACUCUGUGCCGCCCACGCCUACCCUGAAGAAAAAUGAGCCACAAAGCCACCUCAGCGGUCUCGGUCUGUGCCUAGCUGUGCACAUGGGUGCGUGCAGAGCUCUUCCAUGGACGGCCUGAGGACUCUGCACUUUGUGAGCAGCCCCAUGCGGAUUCGUGCCACCACCAGGCCUUUAAAUCUGUUGUGUUCAAUUCCAGGUGGGAAGGUAGCAUUUCAGGUUGGCAGAAAUCAAGUCACAUGACUGUCUUUCUUCCACACUUUGAGGAUAAGGAGGACAGCCUUUUUGUGUGUUUCAUUUUGUUUUUAAAGUAAUGAAAUAUCCCCAUUGCUGAUAUCUACGGCAAGUGAAUCUUUUCUCUGUUUCGUUUUGAUUUUUUAAGCAGUCCCCCUUCUGGUCAAGGUCAGGACUGGUCACCAUGACCCCUGUGAAUUAUGACUCUCAUGGAUUCCUCACAAAACAAAUAAAAUAGUACCGCCACA